GCCAUUGCAGUCCGCGCGGCGGCCCCCGGACGUAAACAGCGGGAAGCAUGGGCUACUUCCUCGAGAUCGUCGCGGCCCUCGUGGCCAGCUACCUACUCACGCCGGCCGUCGCUUUCACCUGGCUGAGGCAAACAGCAGCACCUCGGCCGGCGGCGCUGCAGCAGCGGUCAUCGGCCCUCGCCCGCUCCCAGGGCGGCUUCCAGGCCAUCCUCCGCGCCGCGACCGCGAGUACGUGCCCGGACUGCGACGUCUGCGCGGACCCCUUUUGCGGCUGUGCGAUGUGCGCCGCGAAGGGGACGGUACUCAAAAAGCACAGCCUGCCGUGCGGCUGCGAAAGCGUCUGCCUCUGCCCGGGCGGCUUCGCGAACGUGGCGCACGCGCCGGGCUGCCAGUGCGACCAGUGCUCGCACUAGGGACGCCUUUCCGUCUCCGCGCCGAGUAACGCAACUAUGUCCCGUUU